AUGCUUGGAGCCAAGCCAUGGUCGUGCCAGAGCACCUGCAGCUAUCCCUUGGGGGUGAUACUCUUGUGCCUUUGUGUGAGCGUGUGCGGAGUUGCACUGGAUUAUAUAGAAAUUGGCACUGCGGACUUCGACACCUUGGCACAGCAGUUGCAUGGCACAGAUCCGGUUGGUCUUUCCAUCGAGCCGGUGGAGGAACACUUCCAGCAGCUGCCAGUGAAGGAGACCUCAGAGACCAAAAUCGGGCAACGCAAGCUCUGGGCCGCUGUGGCUGAGCAGGAUGGAGAAGCCGAUCUUUACGUGGUGCGCCCAGAGUACAUGGAACCCCAGUGCAGCAAUGCUACGGUUAGACAACUGGGCUUGCAAUAUUGCUUGCCCUGGUGGUUCAGAGCCACAGCCAGCCUUCAUAAACCUGCUGCCCUGGUCGAUGUGCAUGCGGGAGAAAAGGCCGUGGAAGCACAGAUGGUGGUGAAGGUUCCCACGGUGAGCUAUGCCUCUUUGAUGGAACGCUUCGAUGUAACCAGUCUUCACCUUCUGAAAAUUGACACCGAAGGCUUCGACGUUCUUAUUCUGAGACAAAUGUUGAAGUGGGGAAAAACCACUUCACAGUAUCCAGAAAGGGUGCAGUUUGAACGGAACAAUCUGACUGAUGCUCGCGAAGCAGAGGAAUUAUUUUUUGAGUUGCAAGCUGUUUACGAUUGCUGGGCUCCAGCCACUGAAGAUGAUGUGCAAUGUCUUCGCCUUGGCAAUAUUGCUGCGGGGGACCGAUUGCCCACAGCCUCAAGUGGAUGGUUCCACAUGGAGAUUCCAUCGUGGUGGAGGAUGGAACUUCCAGACCGCUUGACCGUGGCGGCUGUGCAGCUGGCAACUUCGACCGGUCCCUCCGGUCCCAUGGCAGUGACUGUAGGUGACUCUCCGGUGGUGCAUCAAAAUCGGCGUUGUGGCCACCGCAGCCAUGGUCGUUCGGAUGACUUGGUGGCCUUGGUGGCGCAUUGUGCUUUGGAAGGGCGUUAUGUGGGGCUCUUAGGCUCCUCCAAGGCGGAAGAUGUGGAGAUCUUAGUGCCUCUUCUAGGAGAAGCGUUUCGCUUGUCCAUGGGCAGAGUCUGUUGUCACAGGGAGUGCAACAGCACGGACACCCAUUUGUUCGAAGGUUAUGAUCCACGCUGUGAAGAACGAUGUCGAAACGACCGCAACUGCAGAUUCUUCACCAGCUUUAGCUCACUCUGGUGCAUUACAUACGCAGACUGCGAUGAAGAACUUCUGAGCCUGCUUCCGGGCACCACAUUUGGAAUAGCUCAGAAUGAGUUCUUACCUCUUCCAUUGAAUGAAGCACGUCAAUCGUCACUGGACUGGGGGGGCGAGCCAGAGCGUGCUAUUGAUGGCAAGUUCGACCCUCACUUUCUGAUGGGCAGCUGCAGCCAUACAGCGGAGGAAACUGACAGCAAUGGCACCUGGUGGGCAGCCAGCACUGCCCUGCCUUUUCACGCGAUAUCUGCUGUGAGGGUAUUGGGCCGGUGGGACUGCUGCCAUGAGCGUUUGGAUGGCUGGGAGGUCCGGAUUGGCUUUGACCCAGACCCACGGCAAAAUCCCCUGUGCGGCAUGCAGCAACGCGUGCUGCCAGCUGGAUCUCGACGAUUGGUGAAAUGCGGAGAAGCCCUACCAGGCAACGUUGUAGGUGUGGUGCUGCCUAGUGGGCAAGCACUCACUUUGUGUGAGGUUGAAGCAUUUGGACCCUUUCGCUGGUAG